CAGGGACUGUUACUGUGAUGGGGAUGCGGCUGGGGAGUGACGGGGAGCGCAGGUCGAGGCUAUUACAGCCCCCAGAGUGAGAGCACAUAGCUCCAGCGCCCCCCGCCGGGACAAACACAGAUGCCCUGCACGGCCCACGCAGCUGCCUGUACACGGUCCCGUGCCUCUCCGGCCUGGCGGUGGCCGCCCGGCUCCUCCCUCCGCGGACUCGGGCGGCUGUCUGAAGGCGCCGCUCUGCGGAGAGGAGCCGCCUGGGUCUGGGCAUGGAGGGCGCGGCGGGCGACCCAUACCGGCGGCCUGCGCGGCGCACGCAGUGGCUGCUGAGCGCCUUGGCUCACCACUACGGGUUGGACCGCGGCGUGGAGAACGAGAUCGUGGUGCUGGCUACCGGUCUGGAUCAGUAUCUGCAGGAGGUCUUCCACCACCUAGACUGCCGGGGCGCCGGCCGCCUGCCGCGCGCCGACUUCCGCGCGCUGUGCGCGGUCCUGGGACUGAACGCUGACGGGGAGGCGGCCACCGAGGACGCCAGCUCGGCGGAGGGGACCGCUAAGAACCCGGUUGCGGGAAUGGGCGCCGGUGGGGACGCGGACGCCAGGGAAGAGGCGCGCCUGGCUCUGCGCGCCGACCCUCCUGAACUCACCUUCCGCCAGUUCCACGCACGCCUCUGUGGUUACUUCAGUACCCGAGCGGGACCCCGGCUGCCCCGCGGAGCUCUCAGCGAGCACAUCGAGACACAGAUCCGCCUCCGCCGCCCGCGCCGCCGCCGCCAGCCUGGCUCACCAAGCCUAAGCGGCGCCUAUGGCGAGCGUGUGGCACAUCUGGAAGAGGAAAACAGUAGCCUACGCGAGCUGGUGGAGGACCUACGGGCUGCGCUGCAGAGCAGUGACGCGCGCUGCCUGGCUCUUCAGGUUGGCCUCUGGAAGAGCCAGUCGGAAGUCCCAGAAGCGGCGACGCACGAGCUGCAGCGAGCUCAGGGCGCGCUGGCGGAGGCGGAGGCGCGCGCCCGGCGGCUGCAGCGCGGACAGGUGGAGGUGCGGCUGCGCACCGAGGAGGCCCGGCAGGCGGUGAGGCGCAGCUUGCACAGGGUGCGGGAGCUGGAGGCGCUGGCGCGGCGCGUCCCCCGCAUGCAGCGCCAGGUGCAGCGACUGGAGGCAGAGCUUAGACGUUACAGGUCAGAGGGACCUCAGCUCCUAACGUCUCCACAAGCCAGCCCACAGCCAGGAAACAAGAAUUGCAAACCUACGGCUAGAGGACCCAGAGAUGUGGACACCACUCCGGAGGGAUCCCAGAGGUCAGACACCAGUUUAAGGAGCAGAGACACAGAUGAAGCAGAGGAUGAACAGCUGUUCCGCUCCGUGGAAGGCCAGGCCGCCUCUGAGGAAGAAGAGGAAGAAAGGUGGCAGGAAAGGUCAAGGCCCCCACAGGCCCAUUUUGAGGUAUCCCUGAUGCAACCCUCAGGGUGUGUGAGUAGGUGUGACGACCAGACAGCCGAGAAGCUCAAGACGUCCUUUGGCCACUGUGAUGGUGCUGAGAACAUCUGCACCCUGGAGCUGGAGACCCAUGUCACCAGGCUUGGGGAACAGCUGCAGACCCUGGGCUGCAGCAGAGAGACCCUAGGGACACCGGAGGAGGAGGCAGAACUGCAGCAGGUGACGGAGACUGAGCGCCUGAGGCUGGAGCUGCAGAUGGUGGAGACAGAGCGGGUGAGGCUGUCGCUGCUGGAAGAAAAGCUGGUGGAUGUGCUACACCUCCUGCAAAGGCUCCGGGACCUGAAGAUAUCAAAACGAGCCCUGGGGAAGAUCUUGCUGAACGCCCUGGACCGGGACCUCUCGCACGAGGGUACACAUGGCGCCUUGGCCAUCCUGGACACCCUGCACCAAGCCUUGGUUGGCUGUGAGCUCCUGCAGAGAAAUCCCCCAGCACCUGCAUCCACAGCCCCUGCACCCACGAACCCCUUCCUCAUCUCCUGCUGAGCUCGCUGGCCCAGUCUUGGGUCACCAUGGUCAUUCUAAGCGUCGUCAGACCAGCCUUAACCAUAACCAGACUAACCUCCACAGUCAACCUAACCCCCACAGGACUAGCAUUAGCUGUCA